CUGUAGUAGAAAAAAAAAUGGAAACUGAAAAAUAUGGAAUCAGAGAGUUAAAAAUAGUAACUGCCAGCAUAACGAUGUGAAAAGACUUUCUUCGUUUUACUGUUAUUUUACUGAUGUACACUCUUCUGUCUGGUUUGUGGAAGUAUCUCUUCCAAAAAGAAGAGUAUUUUGUGCUGAUUCUUGGACUCGACAAUGCUGGAAAAACAACAUACUUGGAACAGACGAAAACAAAGUUCAACAAAAAUUAUCAAGGAAUGAAUUUCUCAAAAAUAACAAGUACUGUUGGACUUAAUAUUGGCAAGAUUGACAUCGGUCGAGUACGACUCAACUUCUGGGAUUUAGGUGGACAGGAAGAAUUACAGUCUCUGUGGGAUAAGUACUAUGCAGAGUCCCAUGCUGUGAUUUACAUUGUGGACUCCUCCGACCGAGAACGCAUUGACGAAUCCAAGACAGCAUUCGAUGACAUGAUCAAGAAUCAAUAUUUAUCUGGAGUUCCUGUUAUGUUGCUGGCCAACAAACAAGAUUUAGAGGGCUGUAUGAAAGUUUCUGAUGUGAAAACUGUCUUCGACCCAAAUAUCGAUCUAGUAGGGCACCGGGACAUUCAACUAGCGGGAGUUUCAGCUUUAAAAGGUGAUGGUGUGGAUGAAGGCAUUCGCUGGCUGGUCGACUGUAUAAAGAGGAACAGUAUAGAACGGCCGCCGACUCAGAAGGAGAUCACUUGAUGAACGUGUGCUUGUUGCUAAUUUAUUGUUAAUACAUCUACCUUGUCAACUGUUAGUGUUUGGGGACUGUGGGACCAAAUAAAGUCUACAGGGAAAAUUAUCAGUCACAUUUUACAGUUUUGAGAAAUAUUGAGUUUUAAAGGAUGAUGCUGACCGAAGGCAUUCAAAUUCACUGCACAUAAACAAUACUGCAUACAUUAAUGGUGAAGGAUGUUAUUGAUGUACGUAAUAUAAUGUUUUUAUUUAUUUUAUUUUGUAAAAAUAAUAUUAUGGUAGUGUGGAUAUUGAGAAUUAUUUCUUUAAAAUGAAUGUUUUACAAUGAAGGCUAGCAGAAUGAUUUUUCACUAAUAGAACAAAAUAACUAUUUGAAUUUGUUUCACAGUCAUACUUUCGAUAGAUUAGAAUAGUAAACAAAUUUCCACUUCAUAAAAAUGUGACUUCGAUUGUUUUUCCUGUGGGGUUUUUUUUCUAAGUAUUUUUUUUUUCUCUGCCUUUUUAAAAAUUAUUAUUAUAUAACACAUACAUAUAUAAAUGUUAUAUUUAGUAUGUAAAUAACUGAUAUCUGGUGAUGCAAGUCAUCUAAGGUGUGAUGUCGAACAGGAAAUGAUUGUUUUAGGAAAAUACUAAGAAUUGACAUUAAUUUUACACGGGUAUUAAAAUGGCAUUGAAAUCAGACGUGUUGCACAUUAUGAAGGGAGUUAAAACUUUAAAAGCAAAUUCUUCUAUGUUACUGUCACUCUAUUUUAAUUAGAAGGCAUGGUAUAUUUUUUAAAAUGUUUUAAUAGGAAAUACAAGUUUUCUUGUAGAAAAUAAUACCAAUUCCCUUAUGUCAAGUUUUCCAUUAUGCUUCAGUAUGCCAUAUUGUGCCAGUAUGACAAAUAUUUCUUGAUGUGGACUUUUAGUAUAGAAAAUCAGCUGAUAUAUCACAGGCUGUGGUAUGUACUGUUCUGUCUGGAAAAGUGUACAUAGAAGAUCUGUUGCUGCAAAUUGGUACGAGUCAUUUUUGAGGUGACAGGUUUCUUCUCUUAUUAGCCUGUGUCAUAGUUAACAUAUGUUAGAACCUAUUAUCUGUAGUUUGGGGAUUUGCUGGGGCAUCUGGUGUGUUCUAGAGCCCCAACAUUGGACAACGGACGUAAACCAAUCUCUGUAACUGUAGUAUCCACCUCAAUCUAGUCUUGAGAAGGUGCUGGUAUCUAGUGCCUGAUGGUGUUUGGCUAAUGCAAUACUGAUCGGACAGAAGGAAAUGGUAAGAUGGACAUCUAUAUUUUGACAUAUACCGGUACUCGAAAUGUCACCAACUUAUUUUCUUCUCUUAGAUCAGGGCAGAAUAGUUGUCACUAAUAUUGUAUCACUUUUCUUGGGUGACUUCAAAUGUUUUUCUCCCACUUUUUAAACUAUUAUAUGUGCUUCAGAGUAUAACUGUCAAGUAUAUUUGUAAGUUUGAAAGUAUUUCUGUGGUCUUGUCAGUGUCAUUUCCAAAUAUAAAUUGGUUGAUUGGUACAUAUAUUAUCUACAUUAUGUUGGCUGUAUGGGUAAAUUUUUUUAUUUAUGUCCAUUUUAUUUAUGAAGUCUGUCACCAUCUUGCAUAUUUUCAUCAAUCUUCAUACAUUUAAGUAAAUACUGCUUUGUUCUAUAAAAUAAAGAUUUAAGCCAUAUUAAUUAAGGCACUCAUUUAAUAUUUUGUUUUGAAUAUCUUCAGUAGUAUAACAUUACUUAAAUACAGUUUCAGGCACAAAAAAGUAAUGUGUACAAAUUAAGCAUUAAAAAUACAUUGCUACCUAACUGAACCAAGGUAAACUGGUGACUGCAAAAUCUUUAAAAAAAAGUUCAUAUGUGCAAGUGUCAUAUUUCACAAUAAGUUUAUUUUAUUUGGGGUUGGGGGGGGGGGUUUCUGUGUGGACUAGAAAUUCAACAUAGUAUAUAGCUUUCUGCAUCCUGCUUCUAUCAAGCUGCAUAACAUUAUUUUAUCAGAAAAUCUUGUUUGUUCGACCUUUAGUCUACACAGUUGUUUGUAACAAGUAUAUACAACUUUGCAGCAUUCUGUGCGAUUGUGUUUUUUACAGUUCGUCUACAUCCACAUGAACAGCUAUUUUCAGUUGUCUUGGCUUCCACACAGGAUGUAGAUAAAGGUCAAGGAUCUGAUCGAACAACAAUGCACAAUUUGCACCAGAAAGAACAAAAAUGCUAAAUCUAGCAGAUUUUUAACCCCGAUAUUGUUUUGGCAUCACAUUCACUAUGCAGAGUCAACUCUGUAAAGAAAAGUUUAAUUUUUAAAAGGAAUAGUUAAACAUUUUCAUGAAUAUCCCCAUUAAUAUGGAAUGAUAAUAAAAGUCUUUUUACAGAAAAGGAACAAUAAAUGAGUACUUAUCUAGUAGAUAAUAUCUACUAUGAUUCUGAACAUUGUUAUUUAAUGCUACAUUAAUUAAAGUUCUCCAGAUAUGUUUACUGAUGGAACGAUUAAUGAACCAAUUAGAAUACAAUUACCAGAUGGGAUCAUGUGUAAUGAUAGACAUGCUGGAAGAUUAAUUGAAUUGGGUAAACAAACACUGCUAUGUAGGAGCAAAUUGAAUUGGGUAAACAAACACUGCUAUGUAGGAGCAAAUUGAAUUGGGUAAACAAACACUGCUAUGUAGGAGCAAAUUGAAUUGGGUAAACAAACACUGCUAUGUAGGAGCAAAUUGAAUUGGGUAAACAAACACUGCUAUGUAGGAGCAAAUUGCUGUAAAAUAGGAACAGAUAUAUAGAAUAUACUACACACAUCUUUUCUGGUUAUUUAAUGUCCAUGCCACUUUUGGCAUGUGGUGCACUUUAACUUUAUACCCUUACUUAUACAAGUAUAUUUAAAAAAAAUUAUUUUACUAAUGAGCAAGUGUCUAUUUUGUGAAUACUACUUGAAAUCGUGAGUUAAUUACCCGGUAAUCGAGAUCUUGUGAAUAUUUAUAUUACAGGUUCAUUUCAAUGACAUAUGCUUCUUGUUGACAAUAAUCUACAUACGUCUUCCACAAGGCCAUAUUUUCAAAAUGUUCAUUUCAUUAACCUACAUGCAUCUUUGUUAGUGGCAGGUAUUUAAAAAAUACAUAUUAUAUAUCACCUGAGUUUACUGAGAAUAUAGGGAACUGGAGAGAUUUAUGUUAGUUGUGUUACAGCAAACAAUUUCAUUUCAAAGUUAGCACAAUGCUAAGGUUUUCUAAAUAGGUAUUAAUUAAUCAUUGUGGACAUGUUUCAAGCUCAAGUCAAUUAUGGCUUCCAAUAUAUUAUAUUCAGUGACCAUAUUGGUUUUUUCCACUUUUUCUUUUGUAUAUUAUGUUGUAUGGUUAUAUCACUGGGUACAAUUAAUCUGUGUCAACUCUAUACAUUUCUAAUGGAUUAAUUUUACAAUUAAAAAAAAAAAAAGUUGUCAAAAAAGAAAAUGGCUUAUUAACACAAUGUCUAUAACUUUAUCAUGUUGUAAAAUACCCUGGAAAUCAUAAAUCAGUUAAACCUAUUUUUAGUUAUCUGCCAUAUGUUUUCUAUUAGUUCAUGUAAUGCCAAUAACUUCUUGCAUUAUAAAAUACUCUAGAUCAUUAAACCAUUUAAAUCUGCUAUUUAUCAUUCUUACAGGUAUUUGUCACAUGUCGUGGAUGUACAUCAAUGAACUAAAUUACAAUUUACUGGCCUAAAUUUUUUAUAUUUUUUUUAAACAAAUAACUGUACUAGUUGGAUGAGAUUACCGUAGUACACAAUACUGGUGGUCUGAACAAAACAUGAAUCACCGAGAUUUUAUAACAUGUACAUACUUUAACAUUUAACACAACCACCAACAUUAACUGUAGAAAAUAAUAACAUGUAGCUGCAUCUGUGGGGGAAGUUAGAAGAAUACUAUAGAAAAAAUAAUUUUUUAUUGAAUGUUGAUAUGUGGUCAAAUUUUGAUAUUGUUUGUUUUUUGUUUUUUUCUGCGAAGAUUUAUUUAUUAAUAAACAAAAUUUGAUAUUGUGGUAUAAAUGUAUUGUGGUGAAAAUAAAGGAGUUAAAUUGUA